CGUCCUGUCGAAACUGAUGAUACAAAACAUGUGACCGACUAGGAAGUAAAGUAAAAUGGAAAAAUAAGAAAAUUAUAUGCAGCUAGCCGAGAAGCGAGCUUAAAGCGAAUACAUUCCUUAAGUCAUUAUGGCAUCUAUUAUCAAAGAAACCCCGAGCAUUAAAGAAGCAGUGACGCAUAUCAACGCGAUCGACAUAAACAAGUUUUCCCGACUGCUGUCCCGGAUCCUGCAGAAGCUCCACCUUAAGGCGGAGCGGUCCUUCAGCGAGGAAGAGGAGGAGAAAUUACAGAGCGCGCUGUCGCUGGACAAGCAGGCCCUGGGUCUGGUGCUGGAAACCAUCUCUUUCAUUUUGGAGCAGGCGGCCUACCAUAACGUCAAACCUGCCGCCCUCCAGCAGCAGCUAGCAGGCGUCCAUCUCGACCCCGACAAGGUCGACGCCCUCUCCCAGGCCUGGGCCUCUGCGGGGCCGGACACCGUCGAGAAGUUCCGGCACGGGAUAUUCGCCCCGAAGAAGCUGGAGCACGUGGGCUGGCAGCUGGACCUGCAGAUGGCGCAGUCCUCGCAGGCCAAGCUCAAGUCGCCGCACGCCGUGCUGGAGCUGGGGAUCGGCGGGGAGGAGGCCGAGAACGCCGAGAAGCUUUUUGUGGAGUUCAGCCACCAGGAACUGCUCCAGUUCUACAACAAGCUGGAGACGAUCCAGGGCCAACUGGACUCUCUCACUUGAUGGCGGUCAAACAGUCUCCCUUAAUGGCGGGCGACAAGGUCCUCAUUCUUGCCUGUGUCAUGUGACCAGCGAAAGAACUGUACCCAGAAUGCUUCAUGUCCUUUGAUGGCUGCGACGCGGAGUAAUAUUUAGCCAUCGACAGCGUUGUACAUACAGUGUCAGAGCCCAUUUUGUCAUUGUCUUGUCAUUCCUUUGAAAGUGUCACCAUUGCUGUCACUCAGCAUAUAGACACUGCGGACACUGAAACGUCAGUCCCUUUAGUGUAAGUGGUUCCUGUGAUGGCUGUGUCAUUGUUUGUCUGCAUUAAACUUUAUUUGCUGUUGUUUUUUAAA